CAGAAUUUUAAAACACUUCAUCAAACAACACACAAAGAGGAAUCCCUUCCAAGAUUCUUCUUUACACCCUACCAUCUAGCCAAACCCCGCGACUACAUACAACCAUGUCUCACUCGCAAGCUAUUCGUCGAUUCGUCGAGUUCAUCAACUCAGCAGAUGCCGCUAUUGGCAACGAAGUCAUCCACGAGUCAGCCGAGUUCCACGUCCCUUUUGACAGCAAACCCUUAAAGGGUGUUGGUGGAUAUUUAGAAAUGCUAGGCAUGAUGCGCGCAGCCUUUCCCGAUAUUCAGUGGAGCGUAGAGCAGAUAAUCUCGGAAGGAGACAAAGUGGUGUUACGCUCUAAAACUCGCGGCACCCAAGCCGGUCCUUUCAUGGGGUUUCCGCCCUCCGGGAAAAAGUUCGAAAUAGUUGGAAUGAACCUCUUUACCUUUUCAGAGGGGAAGAUUAUUGAAGAGCAGGGCUUGCCUGAUCUAUUUGGGAUCCUUGUUCAGAUUGGAGCAGUUCAAAUUCCCUUGUAGAUUACUGGCAGAUGUUGUGCAGGAUGGAGUUGCCCAUAUAUUGACGAUGCGGGGAGCCGUAUAUAUUCCAUCCUUGAUUGUAUUCUUCGUUGUAAUGGAACAUCUUACGCCAAGAAGUCUACGAGAGGUAACCAAGAAUAAAACACCUCCCUUCAUAUUCAUUAUAGGCGAUAAUGUUUGUUAGUCCCUUUGACUGGUAAUGCGUAACACAGGCCAUAAAC